GCAGGGGGCGCUGCUGGUCUCGUUGUCGCAUUUCAAAGCUUAGAGAAAGCCUCCGCAGCUUCCUUUAGCACAUAAAAAAAGAGACAACGACAAAGGAGCGAAGGCAGAGCCGCAUCUCGAAGGUUGAAGCUGAGGGCCAUGGCUCGUGGGCAGCAGAAGAUUCAGUCCCAGCAGAAGAACGCCAAGAAGGCAGCAGAGAAGAAGAAAUCUCAGGGCGCUGACCAGAAGACUGCAGCCAAGGCCGCUCUGGUCCACACCUGCCCUGUCUGCCGGACACAGAUGCCCGACCCCAAAACCUUCAAGCAGCACUUUGAGAGCAAACAUCCCAAGUCCCCCAUGCCUCCCGAGCUUGCGGAUGUUCAGGCAUAAAGGACUGCUGACUGGACCUGAACCUGAAUCUGGAUACACAAUGACUACGGAUUAAACAUCGACUCGUGGCACCUGAAGGAUGUUGGCGACGAACGCUGGGACCUCUCAGAAUUCAUGGACAUCGGGUUGGGAAGGCGGGACGGGGCGGAUGUGUGUAUGUGCUGUGUACGUACAUGUUUGUGUAAGAGAAAACAGUAAUGAUGGGGCAGGCGUACACCAGCAGCCCAAUUUUAUAUUUAUUGUGUACAACUACCUUGUUAUUCCAGGUGGGGGGAGGGGGAAGCAGAACCAGCAAGAUUAUCUGUCUGCUUACACUGAAUCAAAAUUGUGACUAAUGACGGGGAUCUGGAAAAGCUUCAAUAGGAUGUAAAAUAAAAUUUCUGAAUGUUUGUCUAUCUGACAGCCGGUUCUAUUGAAACAGUGUCGUCCAAUGAGGCGACAGCACAUUCACUUCACUCAUCCACAUGGACGUGGCUCUGCUGUCGGGUCAACUCUUCAGCUCUGAUUUUUUUUCCCAAAAUUGGCUCCUUAAGAUGACCAAACGUUUCCUUUAAUUUCCUGUCUGUAUGGUCAGACUCCACAGCUUUGCCUCCUCUAUGCUGCUGCUGCUCCACAGGUGUCCACACUCGGUAACACCUUACAACAGUACCUCACGUUAACCACACAGCAAGUCUAUAACGCACUCUUUUUCAAAUCUCUUCCACUUGGACUUCUCAGUAUCAUCCUUCUUGGCAAUAACACCCCCCCAUCUUUGUCCCGCCUCAGUUAAAGCAGGAGUUGUUCUGUAAACCAAACACGCAGCUCUGUGCUCAUUGAUGCUUUCAGCUAUAGUUUGAAGAAGCUGCACGUAGCCCCAAAGGACUGAGAGAGAAAUCAUUUAGUUCAGAAACUGCAAAAGAUAAGAGUUAAGGAUUUUCUUUUUGGGUCUUCUUUAAAUCACUAGCAAGCAAAAACAAUUUGUUUUCACUGUAACUUUUUUUUUUUUUUUUACCCUUUUCAAUAAAUUGAAAAAUGUAUUUAAUGUGA